GUCACCCUUACUCGUUGGUUCACAAGGUCGCACAGCAUAUCGGCGUCCAUGGACAACAUCCAGCUCCCUCAGGGCCUCUCACAACAACAAGGCGGACAGAACAAUGGCGAAGAGGAGUCCAAGCGCCGAGCCGAGGAUGAGAUGCGGAGAGAUAUGAUGGCAACCGUCCUGGACCCGGCCGCGCGCGAGCGACUGUCGCGCAUUGCGCUGGUCAGCCCCGAGCGGUCGCGGCAGGUCGAGACUAUCAUCGCGCGCAUGGCGCAGAGCGGGCAGCUGCGCGGGCGAGUGAGCGAAGAGCAGCUGAUCGAGCUUCUGGAUCAGAUGGAAAACUCGCAGUCCCAGGCGGCUGCGAAGAAGACCACUAUUGUAUAUCAAAGGAGGCGAGACUUUGAUGAUGACGAUGAUUUCUGAUAUCUACUGCUCUUGGUCCUCCUUAUAUUACUGCUUGCCUCACAUUGUAGCCUAGUAUCUCCCUCAUUUAUUGGAUCUUGCCAUAAAUAGC